AGAAAAGUUUUUUUUGAAGGGAUUAAGUUGAGUUGGUUUUACAGUAUUUGAAUGCAUUUUAUUUGGCAGAAUUAUGCAAAACAAAGCAUUUGGUGAAAUUGGACAUCAGCUCCAACAAUUUUUCAGGUGAAUUUCCACAAUGUGUGAUGAACAUAAGCAGCCUUGAAUUUCUGGACAUCUCUUCAAACCAAUUCACCGGAACCCUUCCAUCCACCAUUUCUUCCCUCAAAUCAAUCAAGAUCUUACAGCUUGACGACAAUAACUUCCAAGGCACCUUCUCAUUGGCCCUCUUAGCCAACCUAUCAAAUCUCAAAGUAUUCCAAAUCUCAACCAAAAACACCAACAACUUACAAGUCCAAACCGAAACCCCCUCCUUCUUACCCACUUUUCAGUUAAAUGUCCUCAAACUAAGCCAUUGCAACCUAAACAGCAAGACAUCUUCGAAGAUUCCCAUGUUUUUAAUGUCCCAACAUGCCCUUAAGUUUCUCGACCUUUCCCAUAAUAACUUGGUCGGAACAUUUCCGGUAUGGCUGUUGAAAAACAACACAAACUUGGAGUACCUAAUUUUAACCAAUAACUCCCUCACUGCCACCCUCCAACUGCCUCCUUUCAAACACCAUUUACUUCACCUACGACUCUCUUGCAACACUCUCCAUGGUCACCUCCCUUAUCACAUGGGCUUCCUUCUACCAAGUCUUACCCAUUUCAACGUUUCAAGAAAUAGCUUCCAAGGCAAUAUUCCCUUGUCAAUACGAAAAUUAGGAAGCUUGAAUAUAUUUGAUUUGUCAAAUAAUAAAUUUUCGGGGAAGAUAAGGAUGUCUUUAUUUAGUAGCAUGCCUGAGCUAAGUCGUUUGCAAUUGGGAAACAAUAAUUUUAGUGGAAGUAUUGAAGAUGAAUUACAAGAUAGUCCUGAUUUAAUUGUGUUGGACAUAUCAGAGAAUCGUAUCUCAGGUUCAAUUCCUCGUUGGAUUGGCAACUUAACAGAUCUUCUAUAUCUUCAACUCUCAGAAAACCAUUUGAAAGGAAAAUUACCAAUUGAACUUUGCUCUCUUCAAUUUCUCAAAUUCUUUGACGUCUCUGGAAAUCAAUUACAUGGCUCUAUACCCUCUUGCUUCAACGUUCCUUCAUUGAACUACUUGUACAUGCAAGACAACAACUUCUCAGGCCCAAUUCCAAAGGCUUUUUCGAAAAGCAAGGAGCUAGUGGCAUUUGAUUUGAGUCAAAAUAGAUUCUCAGGACAUAUUCCUUCUUGGAUUAAUUUAUUUUCAAGUUUACAAUUCCUUUUAUUAAAAGGAAAUCAUUUGCGUGGCUCAAUUCCAAGACAUGUUUGUGGGUUAAGAGAAAUGAAUAUUAUGGAUCUUUCCAGUAAUAAACUCAAGGGAUCUAUUCCUUCAUGCCUAGGUAGCAUGUCGUUUGGAAUCUCAAAAAGGUCUAAAAGUUCAUAUGAAUCGAUGGGGCUUGAUUUUAAAAGUGUGUUCUUCAUUGAGAUUGACGUUUUAUUUGAUGGAAAAGGUAUGUUUUGGAAAAUUAGUCAUGAAGAUAAGUAUUCGGAAGGCGAGAUUGAAGUAAAUUUCAUGACCAAGAAUAGAUUAGAACAAUAUAAAGGAAAUAUUUUGAAGUACAUGUGUGGAUUGGAUUUAUCAAACAAUGAGCUAAGUGGAACAAUCCCACCACAAAUUGGGUACUUACACAAGAUCCAUGCAUUGAACUUUUCACACAAUAAAUUGAAAGGGCGGAUACCGGAGACCCUUUGUGAAUUGAAACAAAUGGAGAGCUUGGACCUUUCUUAUAACUUGUUGAGUGGAGGCAUCCCUUCCAACCUAUCUCAGCUUGACUUUCUUUCGUUCUUCAAUGUGUCCUACAACAACUUGUCGGGCGUAAUCCCUAUGUCCCCGCACUUUAGAACAUUUGUUGAGGGCAGCUAUUUAGGUAACCCUAAUCUUUGUGGGGUGGUUGCUGGAAAAGGUUGCUCGAGUCCUAAGGGGAGACCAAGGAAUCAAUAUGAGGAGUUGAUGAGAGAUGAAGAUGACAAGAUUAAUGAAUAUGUAGAAACGUUCUAUUGGAGUUUUGUUGCAUCAUAUCUCAUGGUAUUGUUGGGACUCGUGAUCGUUCUCUUUGUUAACCCUCGGUGGAGAGGGAUAUGGUUCUAUUUUGUUCAUCUUUGUUGCUCUUAUUUGUUCAACUAUGUUUGAUUCUAAAUUGCAUUAUGAACCCAAUAGAGGAAUCUAUUUUUGUA